GAACAGAUUAAAUGGGAUCAGAUUGUAGAAACUAAUUCAAUUCCACUUUAAUCAGUUUGUUCUUGCGAUCAGAUUGCGCCGCUGCUCAUCAUCACCUCUCGCAAGGUUCCCUCUCUCCCACCCUUGGUUGUUCCCUUCGCAAGGUUGAAGUACAAUAAUUAUGGACAAUAUCACUAUUUUUGGUCAAGUGGAUGAAGACUUACGCCGAACGAUUCAAUUUCUUCAAGAAAGAAAUGUUAAUGUUGUUGUCCGCGAUGAGCGUGACCUUAAUACUAUUCGCAUUCGUGAGGAAAAGGAAAAACGCAAAGCAAUAUCAAAUGAGACAGAAAAGGCUAUCCCUUCUGGCAAAGGAAAGGAACAUGCAAAUCCCGUAGCACACAAUGAUAAUGUGUUAUCAAAAGCUACAUUGGCUCAACGUGCACGGCGAGAACGUGAAAAAAAUCAAAACUCAUGUUCUGCAUACCAAUUAGGACAACGCAUGCGACGGGAACGAGAGAGAUCAAAUGAAUGUAUUAACCCAAGACAACCUUCUGUAACACCCAAUUGGCCUGCUCCUACAACCCCAUCUAGAAAUGUUGGUGUGGUCAUCCGUGAUGAGCAUGACCUUAAUGUUAUUCGUGUUCGUGCGGCAAAAGAAAAAGAAAAGGUCAAUCCAAUGUCUAAGGGAAAAGAAAAGGUGACUUCUUCUGGCAAGAAAAUGACAAAUGCAUGUCAAGUGGCACAAAAUGAUAAUGUAAUAUCAAAAGCUGCUUUGGCCCAACGUGCACGACGAGAGCGUGAAAAAAAUGAAAAGUCAUACUUUCAAUGCUCGCAACGAGAACAAGACGGAUCAGAAGAAUGUAUUCAACCAAUACACCCUUCUUUAGCACCAAAUCGUCGCAAUCGUGCUUGCCUGGAAUGGGAAACACUAACCGAAGAUUCUCAUUCGGCACAAAAACGAACAAUGGUUGCCCAUCAUUCUACAUGUUCGUUUUCUAUGCCAAGCACAUCUUUGCCACCACAAAGGAAUCGGUAAACUACUAUGUCUAAA